AAAAAUUUUAGCACAAAGGAAAAAAUAAAAGCGUCUAUUAAAAAAUUUAAAAUCUUGCGUAUAAGGCUGAUAAAAAAGCCAUAGAUUAAUAACAAGUAAUCAUCACCAUAAUGGAAAAAAUAAAUUCAUUCCUCCAGUACAUAGAAAUAGAUAAUUUCAAGAGUUAUCGCGGUAAUAUAAAGAUCGGACCACUUAAACAAUUUUCAGCUGUUAUUGGACCUAAUGGAAGCGGUAAAUCAAACUUUAUGGACGCGAUUUCAUUCGUCAUGGGAGAAAAAACAAACUCACUAAGAGUGCGUAAACUCAGCGACUUGAUUCAUGGAGCUUCAAUUGGUCGCCCGAUUUCAAGACAUGCUUCGGUAACAGCGAGAUUUCUUCUCAAUGAUGGAAACAUGAUAAGCUUUCAAAGGAGCGUCUCUGGAUCUUCAUCUGAUUAUAAGAUCAAUGGACAAAGCGUUGGUAGUAACGCAUAUUUGUCUGAAUUGGAAAAGCUCGGAAUUAAUGUAAAAGCAAAAAACUUUUUAGUUUUUCAAGGUGCUGUUGAAAAUAUUGCGAUGAAGAAUGCGAAGGAACGAACUCAGUUGUUUGAAGAAAUUAGUGGAUCUGGACUAUUAAGAGAAGAAUACAACACACUCAAGCAAGAGAUGAUGAGCGCUGAAGAAGAAACACAAUUUACAUACCAGAAGAAAAAAGGAGUUGCAGCUGAAAGAAAAGAAGCAAAAUUAGAGAAACAAGAAGCUGAUCGAUAUGCUCGAUUACGUGAAGAAUACUCUGAGAAGCAGGUAAUCUAUCAAUUGUACAAACUGUACCACAAUGAGAAAGAGAUCCAGCGUCAUAUUGAUGAUUUAAAUGCUAAGCAAAAUGAGCACAAAAAGAUCGAAGACAGAAAAGGAAAUGCUGACGAGGUUUUACGGGAAAAAAAGAAAGACAGUGGAAAAAUUAGUCGAGAUCUUGCAAAGAUUGAACAAGAUAUUCGAGAAGCUGAAAGUGAAAUGAAUAAAAAGCAUCCACUUUAUAUAAAAGCAAAAGAGAAAGUUGCUCAUACCCAUAAAAAACUCGAUGGAGCUGUCAAGACUCUGGAGCAGGCAAAAAAAGCUGAUGAAGCUCAUCAAGCUGAUAUCAAGAAAUUGGAAGACGAACUCAAAAUAAUUAACGAAAAGAAGAAAAAAUUUGAAUCGGAGGUAGCUCUUGACUCCAAAAAACGUGGCAGUAACAUUCACUUAGAACAAGAUUUUUUGAAAGAAUAUGACAACUUGAAGCAACAAGCAGAUCUUAAAUCAGCAAAAUAUCUGGCAAAACUUGACUCCAUAAAUCGCGAGCAAAAAUCAGAUCAAGAUUUACUCGAUUCUGAAGUGAACAAGAAGACACAACUUGAAGAGACUUUUAAGAAGUACAGCAGUGAAAAGGAAGAAGCAAUCAAAAGAAAAGAAAAGCUUAUCGAACAUAUAAAAUCAAGUGAAGCUCAACUUGCUGAACAAAUGCGGAACAAAGAUGAGUUGAGUAAGGAUGUAGGAUCAUCACGCGAACGUCAACUUGAACUGCAACGUGAAAUUUUAGAUGUAAACGAUCAACUUGGGGACGCUAAGAAUGACAAACAUGAAGACGCUCGUCGUAAAAAGAAACAAGAAGUUGUGGAACUUUUUAAACGAGAAAUUCCUGGUGUUUAUGAUCGAAUGAUCAAUAUGUGUCAGCCAACAAACAAGCGAUAUAAUGUCGCUGUUACGAAAGUUCUGGGGAAAUACAUGGAAGCUAUUAUUGUUGACACAGAAAAAACAGCAAGGAAAUGUAUUCAAAUGUUAAAGGAUCAGAAACUUGAAGUGGAAACUUUUCUACCACUUGAUUAUCUUCAAGCCAAGCCUUUAAAGGAACGAUUGAGAAACAUUCAAAAUCCAAAGGGAGUUCACCUCAUUUACGACGUUCUUCGUUUUGAUCCUCCUGACAUUGAAAGAGCCGUUCUUUUUGCAACUAAUAAUGCACUUGUGUGUGAAACGCCAGAAGACGCAAUGAAAGUUGCCUAUGAAAUGGAUCGAAGUCGUUAUGAUGCACUUGCUCUUGACGGGACAUUCUAUCAGAAAUCUGGAAUUAUUUCUGGUGGAAGUCAUGAUUUAGCACGAAAAGCAAAACGAUGGGAUGAGAAACACAUGAAUACAUUGAAACUACAAAAAGAAAAACUGAAUGAAGAGUUGAAAGAAGUCACUAAGAAGACUCGAAAGCAAAGUGAACUUACAACAAUUGAAUCUCAGAUCAAAGGUAUUGAAAAUCGUUUAAAAUACAGUAAAAAUGAUUUGUCAGGAAGUGAGAAGAUUAUUCGCGAUUACGAUCGUAAGAUUGCCGAACUUCAAAAGGAUUUAGAUCUUAUUGGGCCGAAUGUAAGUGAAAUUGAACGCCGUAUGUUGAACCGUGACGCGAAAAUUCAGGAAAUCAAAGGGAAAAUGAACACUGUUGAAGAUGAAUAUUUCAAGGGAUUCUGUAAGAAAAUUGGUGUCGCCAAUAUUCGUCAGUACAUUGAUCGUGACUUGGUUUUACAACAAGAACGUGAAAAGAAAAUGGCAGAGUUUGUCCAACAAAUUGAUCGUAUUAAUACAAAUCUUGAUUUUGAACGAAGUAAAGACACAUCUAAAAAUGUAAUGAGAUGGGAGCGUGCAGUUCAAGACGAUGAAGAUUCCUUAGAGUCGUUGAAACAAGCUGAAAAGCGACAUCGAGAUGACAUUGAGAAAGAUAAGGAAAAGAUUGAAGCUCUGAAGUUGGAUCGGCAAAAUAAGAAGAAAAUGGUUGACGAAAUGGAAGAAGAAACAGCAAAAGCUCGACGUGAUGUCGCUUCACAUGCUAAGGAACUUGCAUCAAUCUCUCAUCAAAUCUCAUCAUUUGAAAACAAAAUCGAAACAAAACGAAAUGAACGUUUGAAUAUUCUUCGAUCAUGUAAAAUGGACGACAUUUCUGUUCCAAUGUUGAAAGGAGAUUUGGAUGAUAUACUUCAAGAGCAGGAGAGCGAUCAACCCUCAUCAGCAUCUAUAUCAACACAAAUGCAAUCGAAAGUAAAUGAAAUCCAAAUUGAUUAUCAUUCAUUACCUCGCAAUUUAAAAGAUAUUGACGAAGUAGAUCAAGUUAAGAAAGCUGGUGACAAUUUAAAUAAGGAACUUCAACAAAAACUUGAUACAUUGGAGAAAAUUCAAACACCAAAUAUGAAAGCGAUGCAGAAACUUGAUGCUGUUACUGAGAAGAUUCAAACAACAAAUGAAGAAUUUGAGAAUGCCAAACGUAAAGCUAAAAAAGCGAAAGCCUCUUUUGAGAAGGUAAAGAAUGAACGAAUUACUCGAUUCAACAAAUGCUUGAAUCAUAUCUCUGAAGCAAUUGACGGAAUUUACAAAGCAUUGUCACGUAAUGACGCUGCUCAAGCAUUUCUGAAUCCUGAUAAUCCAGAAGAAUCUUAUCUUGAUGGUAUUAACUAUAAUUGUGUCGCACCGGGUAAACGUUUUCAGCCAAUGAGCAAUCUUAGUGGCGGUGAGAAAACAAUUGCAGCCUUGGCUUUGCUUUUUGCCAUUCACAGCUAUCAGCCUGCACCCUUCUUUGUACUUGAUGAGAUUGAUGCUGCUUUGGACAAUACAAAUAUUGGAAAAGUUGCAAAAUACAUAAAAGAACAACACGACCUUCAGACAAUUGUCAUUUCAUUAAAAGAAGAAUUCUACGGUCAUGCAGAUAUUCUUAUAGGUAUCACACCCCAACCAGCUGAUUGUCUUGUAUCUCGUACUUUCCUCUAUGAUUUAAGUAACUUUGAAAGUAAUGAUUAGAAAUUUUAUUUUUUAAAUCGUUUUCAAGAAAACAACGCAUAAGAUAAAAAAUAAAUGAUUUUCUUUAUUUCAAACUUAUAAAAUAAUAUUGAAAA